GGCGAGUGUGGAGCUGCAGCCGACCCCUACGUCGAAUGCGACCCCCUGCUGGUGCUACUGGACGUGCUGCUCUUAAAGCCCCAGGCGCAUCGCCACGUGGUGCACAACCUUGUGCUCGCCUCGCCCACCCCCCACGCUCGCCCACUGUGCCUCGCCACGGCCCUCAUUCUGCUCUGCCAUGCCACGCUGUUGGUGUUCCGGGCGGCACACGGCAUCACAGUUGACCCCGCCGAUCUCCUCUCCCUCCCCAUCAUCGCCCAGGGUGUGGCAGUGUCGCUGCUCUCAAAGCUCCUCUUCCUCGCCCUCGUCUUCUUCUCCCUGCCCGCUGCCCGCCACCUGCUGAGCUGGCUCCCUGCAAUUGGGCCACCUCACGCGGGCAGCAGUGAGAAGAAGCCUCAAAGUGUGCCCUUCCCUGUGGUCUUCUACAGCCUUCUCCUCUCCAGCCCUCCGGAGUGCCUUGCCCUCCCGCUUCUGGUGCGCUCUCUCCCUCUCGCCCUCCCACUCUCACACCCUCACACACCCUACGUCCAAUCCCCUCGCUCUCAAACCCUCUCCUCCCCUCGCUCCUUGUUGUGUGAUGGCUGCAGGCCAUGCAUUGCCAUUGUCCUGCCUUGCGCCUACCGCCGCUGCAAGAGGCGCCUCGACAUCGCGGUUUUCCCCCGUGCGGCUCAGAUGGCGGGGCGCGUGGGGCGCGACAAGGGCGCGCUGCGCGCGAUGAUGCGCGAGAUGGCGCAGAAGACGGAGAAGCGCAUCGAGUCCCCGCUCGUGAGGUGCGGCACUGGGCACAGAGGAGUGGUGAGGGAUGGUGUGGGGUGGUGGUUGAUGAGGAGUGGUGGGGAGCGUCGAGUCAAGGCAGGUGUGCUGACGGGUGGUGGUGAGGUGAGGCGUACGAGUGGGGCAAAGAGAAAGGAGUCCCACGGGAGCACCGAGCGGCUCAAGCAGAGAGCCAAGGCCGCAGCACCACCGCCCGCCACUGCCGCUGCCACCGCAGGAGCACCUGCUGCAGGCGGCCGGAGGCCCGCUGCUGCUGCUGCUGCAGCUGGGGCCCUCCCGAGUGACUUCUUCGAUUCAGCGUCGGCGGCUAAGCGUUCACGCCACCAUGCAGACUCGACCUCUGCCACCCCCGCCAUGCCUGCUAACCCACCAGCCUCGUCGCCAGCAGCAGCAGCAGAGGCAGCUGUGAGGCAAUCCUCUCGGCCUCCCGCAUUCACCCCUGCUGCCCCUGCCACGUCCGCCGCCCCUGCCGCUCAUGCCACUGCGCCUGCCUCAGCAGCCUCCGCUGCUCCUCCCAACUCUACCGGCCUACCAGCAGAUUUCUUCGAUGCCCCCACACCUGCUGCUGCCACUCCUGCCGCUCCAUCUGCUCCGGCUGCUGCAGCACCCUCUGCCGCCUCUGCUCCUGCAGCACCCUCUGCCGCCUCUGCUCCUGCUGCACCCUCUGCCCUUCCGUCUGAUUUCUUCGAUGGACCAUCAACAGCAGCAACAGCUGCACCACCCUCUGCUGCUCCUGCUGCUGCUGCAAAGCCAGGGAAGGCGGGAGGCGGAGCAGGCAAGGGGACGGCAGGCAAGGACGCGGGAGGGGCGGGGCAGGGCGUGUUACCGGAGGGGUUUUUUGACAGCAAGGAGGCGGACCACAAGGCGAGGGGCGUUGAGUAUAAGAAGCCAGACGCGGAGUGA